AUGAGCAACGUCACUCUCGAAGAGCUUCUCCGCAAGAUCCCCGCCCGCUCGCUCGUCCAGCUCGCUGAAUCGGAUAAGAAUCUCGCGGCCGCCGUUGAGCAGGCCAGGACCAACAAGAAGGGCGAGCUCAAGCCCCUCGCCAGCGCUGACGCCCGCAAGAUCAUCCAGCACGAGAUCCGUCGCGUUGCGGGCAAGAUCCUUGCCGAGAGCAUGACCGUGAAGCAGCGCGCCGACGCUAAGUACUGCUCGGACGAGGGCAUCACCGCCACCGGCAACAAGAAGCAGAUCAUCGAGGCCAUCCUUGCCUACAACGCCGAGCAGGAGGAGGGUGAGCAGUAA